AUGCGUCAUGAAUUUCCUACAUUCUUUUCUCUCUCUCUCUCUCUCUCUCUCUCUCUCUCUCUCUCUCUCUCUCUUCCUCUCUUUCUCACGCUCUUCCCCUCACUUUCCCUCUCCCACUCUCUCUUUCGCUCUCCCCCUCUCACACACUCAUUCUCUCUCUCACUCUCCCUUUCCUUCUAUCUCUCUCCUUCUCUCUCUCCCACUCUCUCCCUCCAUUUCCCCCUCUCCCUCUCUCUCUCCCUCUCUCGCUCCCUCUCUCGCUCCAUGCCCUCUCUCUCCCCCUUUCUCUCCCACUCAUUCCUUCUCUCCUUCUCCUUCACUUUCUCCCUCCCUCUCUCUCUUUCUCUCUCUCUCUCCUUUUCCCCUCUCUAUCCCUCCCUCUCUCUCCUUCUUUCGCUCUCCCUUUCUCUCACUCCCUUUCUCUUCAUCUCUCUCGUCUUCUCUAUCAUUCCUUCUCCCUUCUCCUUUCUCCCUCUCUCUAUCCUCUAUCUCCCUCCCCCCCCUUUUCCCUCUCCUCCUCCCUCUCCUCCCCCCUCUCUUCCUCCCUCUUCUUCUCUCUCAUUCCCUCUCUCCUUCUCUCUCUCUCUCUUCCUCUCUCUCCCCCACUUCUCUCUCUACUUAUUUAUCUAUUUAUCUUAG